AUGCAAACACUCACACCAAAGGAUAAUUUAGAGGGGCCAGUCAGCCUGACGGUCAUAAUUUUUGGGUACUGUGGGAGGAAGCCGAAUGUAGCAUUUAGUCUUUGGAGCUCACGGUCAACUCUAGUGUCACGGUCUGAGGUGCAUUCCUGCGGUCACUCCCUGUCUCUCGAGUUUUCCCUCUGCAGGUGGGCGUGUCUGGAGGUUAACCAAGCUGCAGCAGAUCUGCUCAUCAGCCGGCCAGGUGUAUUUAAGCAGCUGAGAGACUUCUACACUUCGCUGGAUGAUUACUCUACCUGGGUACCUUCUAAGCCACCUCUCAGUACUAUAGUCGAGCCUUUUGGACCUUUUGAGAUUUUUAGAUGUGUUUUGGAGUUUGGAUUUUGCAUUUACCCUUCCUGCUCUUGUUCACCAGAUAAAACCUCCACCUUCAUCUCUUACUGGCUGAACUCUGGAACUCCUAUCAUCUGGAACUCCAACCUGCUUGUCUCUCAGCCGCUCCCUGGCCAGAACCCCUCCAGCUGCCCACCUAAGCUCCCUGGAUCUCCACAAACUCAGCUUCCUCCACGUCUCACCUUUUGGAUCUCAGUCCCAGGAAAACGCCCUCAGCUCAGACCGGACCACUCCUCCCUCAAGCUAGUUUCCUCCUCUCCAGACUAUCUCCCGCACCAACUCCCUGGUGAAAGAACUCAGCUUUGUUUAUGCUGCUUCCUUGGUUUCCCUUUUAAUAAAUUCUUAUUUAAACACUUUACCCCCGUCUCUAUGCUGAUUCUUUAUGUCGUGGGUUAGAUUUCUACACCACAACAUGACAUCUAGACUUAGGGCAGGUUCAAACUAGUUUGGUUAAUUCUUGGGUUCUCCCCUGAACAAGUUUUCCUUGUCAUGAUUCAGUCCCUCUGUCACAUUAGAUACCAUUUGUAGUCAUGUGCAUUGUUUAUACAAACAAAAUUCAUAAAAGCAUUAAAGCAACGUCACUAGCAUCCUAUUCGUAAUUAUUCAGUGAUACUUUGACACAUAUUCAAAAUUUUCUAUAAUACUGAAAAUAAUGUGAGUGAUGGUUGACCCGUUCUUUCACAAGAACAUAGUAAACAUCACCUUUGGCAAAAUGUCAUUUAUAUGAACGACGACGUUCCACUGCAGAAAAUUCAAGCAACUAAGAAGAAAAGUAUUGUAAAUAUUGUUAUAAACUAAGAAUCAGCUCCUUUUAAUCUGAGGCCAUGGCCUUGUGUCCAA